GAGAACGAGUCAGAAGUUUUUCAGCAAACUUUCUUGCCCCCGAGUUCGUGUGUGUCCACCCGCACUCUGAAGCAUCGUGGUUAUCAGCAGCGCAGUUUUUUUCAAGAAGCUACUAGCCACCGCUAAAUUCGGAAGUAGUGUUAUCCUCCGCAGCUCGCGGGUAGUGAGUUUGAGAAGUUAUCGAAAAUCGUUUGUGGAACCUGCUUGGAGCAGCCAUCAAGGUUUGGCCUCAUCGUAAGUUGUAAGAGAGCAGAAAAGUCAGUCAAGUUUAGAGCCAUCAACAUAAAAACAACCCAAGUAGCGAAAGAAGAGGGCAGCAAAAAUAUAUACAGCAGCAAACAAGCGAGCAUACUGAAGUAUAGCGAAAACACCGCAAGAAAAAUAAAGAUUCACGCAUGUGAAGGAGGAAAGUGAAUACUAUCAGCAAGAAGAAGAAAAAGUUGCAAGAAAGCGAAAAUCAAGAGUGAAAACAACCCGAGUGCAGCAAAGCGAAGAUUUUUAGCAGCAAUCAAGAAAAUCUCAGAAUCACAGGGGUCAUCAUAACACCCGUAGAUUCCGAAAAGGGUUCCCCCAAUCGUCAAGUGAGAGCAUCCAGUGUUUUAUCGCGAAUCCGGUUAUCCAUCGUCGUCGUCGGUCGUCCUCCUCGAUACUACAAAUCCGCGGGGUAGUAUCCAUAUAUCCGCGACGCGAAGUGCCAAGAGAAGAGUGCGUAAAUCUUGUGUCCCCGAAAAUCCAAAAUAAAAACAGCCCUCCCAAUGAUCAUGGCGUUCAAUGGAAACGGCGCUGGCGGUGGCCAGGAUGGGCCGCACAACAAGCGCCUCUGCACCGGGCAGGAGAUGAUCGAGACCGUUCCGCUCAAUAGUCGGGUAUAUUCCAUAUCAUUGAACAACAACAACAACAUCAGCGGAACAGACGAGCCUCGGCGGAAGCGCGAAGUUGCAACCCGACCGAACCAUAUUCUCCUGUUCACAAUCAUCAAUCCAGUCUAUCCGAUUACAGUGGACGUUCUACACACCAUCUGUCAACCGAAUGGUCCAGUUCAGCGUAUCGUGAUAUUUAAGAAAAACGGAGUCCAAGCCAUGGUUGAGUUUGACAGCAUCGAAUCCGCCACCCGAGCACGUGAAGCCCUAAACGGAUGUGACAUUUAUUCCGGAUGCUGCACACUGAAGAUCGACUACGCAAAGCCAGAAAAACUCAAUGUUUACAAAAACGACACGGACUCCAGUUGGGACUACACAUUGGUAGCCGCGGCCACCAAGGAAGCCUGCAAUGGACGCACCCCGCUGCUGCACGAUCCAACCAUUUUCGGAGGAAGGCCUACACCGUACAAUGAUCGUCAAACAUUGGAACCAGCCCUGCUCGGUCCCGGAGGAGGAAAUGGCUUCGCGCCAAACUUUUCACCUCCCGAGUUUCACCCGUCGGAAAAUUGGAAGCCCACCCCCGCCGGAACACACGUUGGACUGAUGAAGGACCCGCCGCUGACCCGAAACGGACCGGCCAACUUCAUUCAACCGACACAGCAACAGGGCGCAGUCAUGAUGGUUUACGGUCUGGACAACUGCACAUCCAACACUGAUAAACUCUUCAAUCUGUUCUGCUUGUAUGGAAACGUUGUCAGGAUAAAGUUCUUGAAGACCAAGGAAGGCACAGCUAUGGUUCAGAUGGGCGACGCCAUUGCCGUUGAGCGCAGUAUCCAGCACUUGAACAACAUUCCAAUCGGAAACGAAGGCAGCAAAAUUCAAAUCGCAUUUUCCAAACAAAACUACUUGUCAGAAUCCACCAAUCCCUACACAUUGCCGGACAAUUCGAUCAGCUUCAAAGACUACAGCGCCUCCAAGAACAACCGCUUCCUGUCGCUGACGCAGGCUAGUAAAAAUCGCAUCCAGCCACCAAGCAAGAUCCUUCACUUCUUCAACACUCCGCCCGGCAUGUCCGAACAGCAGCUGCUGGAAGCGUUCACCUCCAAGGACUGUCACCCGUCGCAGGUUCGGAUGUUCCCGCUCAAAUCGGAACGCUCCUCGUCCGGCCUCGUUGAGUUCCCCAGUGUGGCCCUCGCCGUGCAAGCCAUCAUGAAGUGCAACCACAGUCCGAUUGAUCACAAAGGCACAAAGUUCCCCUUCAUCAUGAAGCUGUGCUUCUCCUCGUCCAAAACGAUGAAUGGCGCCUGGAACCAGGAAAACAUGGAAAACAUGAGCAUCCCGGUGGUGGUGCAGCAGGGCGCGACCCCAAUGUCCGCGGCAGCCGUCGCCGCAGCAGCCGCCGCUUCCGCUGCCGUGGCCGCUUCCGGUCCCGUAUCGGCGGUGCAGGUCAUCUCGACGGGCGGCAUCCACAAGGACGACAUGCCGAUGUAAAUGUUGGCCGGAUCCGCAACAUCAUCAUCACAGCCAUCAUCACAACAGGCACCGGCUAAUUCCUCCGCCGUCUAUUCUCCGUACAGCUUCAUCCCGGUGGCGGCACCCGUAGGGAUGUGCAUGUACGUCCACGCCAAAAAUUUCACCAACAAAUGAAUAAGGGAGGAUGGAGCUUAGCCACAGCCACAGCUGCUUGAAGGUUUUUUCACCUGGAAAUGAUCCGCGUUUAGUAGUCUCGUGCAAUGCCUUAGUUGAUAUUUUUGUUAGAAUUUCUUUCCAUUUCGAGUGAUCAUCCAGGAAAAAAACGACACAUACGCGUGCAUUGCGGCGGCGUUCGGUGGUUUUGAUUGAUGAUGUUGAGGCUACCUUGUAACAAAUGAAAAAAAAAAAAAAAACAGAAAAUCGUACGAAGAAUUGUAACACGGAAAUUCGUGUUGGCACUUUGAGCAAAGCAUUGUAUAGAAACAGAAGAAAAAAACUAAUUUGGAGUUUCUCGUUUGCCAGAGAAACUGAUAAUCCUGUGUCGAUUUUAUCGUUUGCUACUCAUGAAAAAAAAAAACUAAGAUGCGAUCCGAUUGAGUUAGGGCACAAUAACGGAUGUUGGAAGUAAGCAAAAAAAGGAUAAACUUAGUCCAAAUGAUCGACAGGCAAAGAACCUUUAAAAAGACAUUAUUUAUUGAUUAGUUUAAGCAACACUUUAGUAGAUAGAUGUUCAAAACUGCUCCUUAUUUUUUCCCUAUUUUUUUUUGUUUUUCCUUUUAAAUUAGUUGAUAUACGAGUGGAAAUCGCGAACGUGUGAUACGAGUGAUAGAAUUUCCGCCCCUGUUAUUUUUUUUCGGUUUUGAUUUGCCCUACCUAAAUCUUUGAAUUGUUUUUUUUUCUUGUAGAUAAAAAUAAAAGAAAUAAAAAGAUUGUUUAGUUUCCAAAUUGUUGCAUCAAUUGGAAGGAAAUGAAUUCGUUAAAUCUUUUUAAAUUUAGUCAAUUGUUCAAAUGGAGUCGUAGCGAAAUUAGUUUUAAACCGUGUACAUUAAUAAAUCAUUGCAAUCAGAAAUAAUAAAAAAAGAAAGCGAAAACAAAGAUUAAAGAAAAGAGAAACAUCAAAAAUAUUCAAAUGGAAUUUAUUUAGUUCUAGCAAAUAAGUUAGUUAACGUUAAUAGACAGAGAUGAAAAAACAAAACAAAAGAAGGAAACGAGACCCUUGUAUAAAAUCGUUUUAAAACUUUUCGUUCGGAAUGAACCAAUCACUACUGAACACCACAAGUUAAACACUCUUACACGCAUACAUACGCAAAGCAUAUAAAACACUUACCACUUAUACGAAAGCAAACGAACAAAAAGAAGCAAAACAAAUCACCUUGGCAACCCUGAGAAAGGUCACCGAUUGCUUAAAACAACACUGAUACAUAAAACCAACACUGGAACACAAGAACACACUAGCUAGUGUGCUAUCAUCAAUAAUCAGAGUAUAUGAACCAAAAGCAUAUCUGACUGGAUGACAAUGAGAAAUAGGUUAUUUUUGUUUUUUUUUUAAAUAAAAAUUUUAGAAAAAAAGUCCUUUUUGUUUAGUGCAGAUGUUCUCUUUUAAGUGAAAUCGAAGUAAAAUGACAAUUUAGUAGGAGACCAUCACCGGCAAUCAGUCGAUCCGUAUACCGGAAACCGAUUUAAAUUUAAAACGCAAUUUUAGUGUGUUAAGAACAAACGAGUCGCAGCUCAGUUAGAUUUUUUUCCUCUUUUGUAAAUUUUUAUACAAAAAAUACAGUAAGCUUAUUCAAGUCUCAAGUUUUCUGUUAUAUUGAAAGAACUGAUUAUGUAGCAGCAGCAACAUCAGAGGUUGUUUACGAGUAGGACCUCAGGCUCAGACGGAACUGACCGAGUCACGCUCAGCCAAGCAAGUACAUACAAUAUUGUUGAUGUUAAUUGAUUACUUGUUUUAUUUGUAAGGGAAAAACGUUACUUUAGUUUUUGUUUUUAAGCUAGGAAAAAAAAACUUCGAUCUUCCAUAACUAACAAACAAACAAACAAAAGGAAAAACACUUUCUUAUGAUAGCGUUUGUUUUCCGUAUAGCUAGCUGUUAAGUUUUGAUCGAUUCUGCUUUGAUUUUUCUCGCUUUUUUUGUUUGUUAUACCCAGUUCCUUCUAUAUUUUUCUAAUGUUAUUUGAAUUACCACCGAUUGGAUUUAGCUGUUUAUCAAAUUUGUUGUUCAGGAUUGAUUGAAUCUGACAUCUAUUGGAUCAAAGUUCCAAAAAAAACGUAAUAAAAUAAAAAACUUGGAAAAACGAAACGCAGCAAGAGAUUUUAAGUUGUUUAUUCUUCCUUUGUCUUUUUGCUUUUAUUGUUUUAAUUCCUGCUUCAUUUCUUCAACAGUUUGUUAUGUUUUUAUUCUUUAUUUGUUUCUUUCCUUUGACAAUUUCCUCUGUUAAGAAGCAACAUAUCCCACAUAUACACACUACUCUCCAAACUAUAUCAUUAAAAAUACACACACAUAAAUUCAUAACGAAUGGGAAUCUAUCCAAACGCAUGCUAAUAAUUAAACAAAUGAAAAAAAAACCCUUCUACACAAAUUAUCAAGACACGAACAGAUGAUGCAUAUUUAUAUUUACAAAAUAAAAAAAAACUGAAAUAAGCACCCACAAUUGUCAGAAAACAAACGAAAUUUAAGGAACGUCUUGAAGUAAACCUAACUAUUGUAAAAAGCGCGAUAACUGUAAGAAAAAUACACACACAAAAUAAUCAAUAAUGUAUGGUGGUCCAAUGUUUAAGUAAUAUCAUUUUAUUACUUUUCGAAACAGAUAAGAAUAACAAAAAUAAGAAAAAAAAACAAACCUACAAUGGGGUAACAAAGAGAGAUUCUUUAUCGAUAAAGGCUAAAUAAAUUCUAGUGAAAAAGACAGUUAAAUUAGAAUCUACGAAACAAAUUAUAAGAAAACAAAAUACAGACACACAAUCGAGAAAUACAUCUUUGACGAAGUUCUAUACAACUUUCGUCGAUUGGUGAUUGUGUUUGAAUAACUACAAAACCAAACCAAAACAAAAGAUAUCCUAGUAGAGAGACUAUUGGUACAAUAGAAUCAAACGAAGCGUUACUGAGACUAUUUGAUUAAAAAAAAACUCUACAAUUCAAAACGGCACCCUCAAAGUAAAAUCAUCUCUUCACUCAGAGGCACAUUUUUUUCUUAAAGGAGAGAGCGAAAAAGGAACCGUGAAAGAUGGGAAAAAGUUCAAUUAUAAUUUAAAAGUAAAAAAACGGCAAUCAACUACAAUAGGCAAUAGUUACAUCAAGAAUCAGAAAACCACAAAUGAAAAACAGAUAAAUCUUAAAAGAAAAUUAAGAAAAAUAAACCCGUAGUGUGGUAAAUAAUAGCCCUCGAUGUUGUUAUUUCAAAAUAACCUAAAAAAUAAACCUAUAGCUAAACUGUUUAGGACAAAAAUGGGAAGAGUUCGUUCAUGUUCUGCUAGAACCAAAACCUAAAAAUGUGCAAAAAAUUCAAAGCCAAACCUUACCGACCGAAAUCAGUAGUAAAGUAAAAACGGAAACAACCACCCCUCUUUUAAAAUGGCAAUCGUUUUUUGUUCCAGCAAUCCUUAAAUAUUGUUUUGUCACAAACACUCAAACUAAACGAAAAAGUUGUAAGAAAAUCACGGCUGUGGAUGUGAAUAAAAUAUGUUUUGUUAUGUAUGUGCGUAAGGUGAUUCUCCAUAUAUUUAUUGCUAUACUAAACCUUAACCACUUAACUUAAGCGAAAAUCUCUAUAAAUCUUCUUCUUCGUUAAGAACAACCUAACAACAACAACCCACCACAACUCACCCACGCUUGGGUAAAAAAAGAACUAUGAGCAUAUAAUUAGAGAGUAAUAAGUUGCGAGUCGUCGUCAUAUUUUUGGUUUUCGUUGUGUGAUCAUUGUAAAAAAAAUCAAAUUCGCUUAAAACCAAGAAUGAGAGCAGCAGAAAAAUGGAACAAGGAAAAACCCAUACAUGGCGCUAAUUAGUUCUUAGUGAAUAAUCGCAACAACACCGAAAUGUGAUUGGAAACAUGUGAAAAACUACCACUUAAUUGUAUAACUUAAAAGAAAAUUAAUAGUGUAGUAAAAAAAAAAUGGAAACUCACAAGAUAUCAGCAAAAACACCGUAAAGCAAUCAGAGAGAAAAUAAAAAGGAAAUUUAAAAAUAUUCAUAAAAAAGUUAAAUAAUAGAAGAACAUGCCAAACAAAAAUCUAAAUAAACCAACCGAUGGCAAUGCAUCUCAAAAUACGUAUUGAGUUGAAAGAAAAAAGUUUAGAAAAAGUAACCGUUCAUGAGGCAUGAGGCGAAACAAAAAAUCAGUAUCACGCGAAACAAGUUUGCUCAAUGAAAAAUGUUUGUGUUGUACAGUUCUGUUGUGUAGAAGUGUCCAUAAGGAUUUUUUUUACUUUCAAUUUAAAAUUUUGAGGUGUAAAAGUCAGGUGUAGAAUUUUGAAUUUGGAAUUCAGAACUCAAAACUUCGAACUCAGAAUUUAGAUCUCAGACUUCAAAUUAAAAAAUUUGUACUCGGAGCUAAAAAUUUGAAACUUUGAAUUCAAAUUUUGAGUCUAAGAAUCCAGGAUUAAGAGCCUGGAAAUCAAAAUUGAAAACUCAGAUUUUUAAUUUCAGAACUCAGAAUGCAGAAACCAGAAGAACUCGGAAUCCAGAACUACUGAGUUUAGAACUUGGGGGCCUCAGAAUGCAGAGCUUAAAAUUAGAACUCAGAACUUAGAACAGAGUUCAGAACUCACUGAAUCCGGAAUUUAGAACUCAGAGCUCAGAUUUAAGAAUUCAGACUCAAUUCAUUUGUGUCUCACUAUUUGGAACUCAGAAUUCAGAAUUCAGAACUCAAAACUUUAAAUCGAAAUCUCAGAACCCAUAGUUAAAAACUCACAUCUCCAAAAUCAGAACUAAGAUCUCAAAAUUCGUAACAUGUAAUUUAUAUUUAAAUUACUAAAAUCAGAACUCAAAAUUUGAAACACAAAAUUUACGUCUCAAAUCUUAGAAUGCCAGAACUCAGUAUUCAGCACUUGAAGGUCAAAACUUAAAAUUUAGAACUCGGGGUCCUACCCUAAAAAUCAGAAAUUCUCAGUUCAAAACUUAGAUCUCAAAAUUCGUAGUUCAAAACUCAUAGCUUCGAACUCAAAUUUCUGAACUCAGAUUUCAGAACUGAGAAACCUCAUCUCAGAACUUACGAUGUAUAACUCAGAGCUCAGUUUCGAGAUCUCAUAAAUUGAAACUUAUAACGAACUAAGAAUUAAGAUCUCAGCACUCUUAAUACUGAGUACCAACAACUUAGAACUCAAAACGUAGAUCAUGAAACUCAGAACUCUCAUAUCUCAGAAAACAGAACUGAAAAUUCGGAUCCAAAAUUCUGUGUUUCUGUGUUCUGCAUGCAGAACUCUAAAUUAAAAAAAUAAAACUUAGAAUUCAGAUCUCAGUAUUCUGAACCUAGAAUUCAGAACUCAGAGCUCUUAAUUCAAAAUCCUGAAUUCAGAAUUUGAGAGUCAGAAUUCAGACCCAAAAUCUGUUUAGCGAAGAUCCCAAAACUUCGUUAGUCAGAUCCCAGAAUUAGGAACUGAAAAAUCAAAACUCAAAUUUCUUAAGUGCGAUUUAAGAUUUUCAGAUUCAAAAGUCAAAAUCCAACUUAAAAUUCAGAAUUCCGAACUCAUGAUUCCGAUAUCAACAUUCAUAACACAGAAUUUGAAGCUUGGAAUUAAGAAUUCUAAAUUUAGAACUCGGAACUUAUUAUUCAGAAGUCAGACCUAAAACCUUGAAACUCGGAACUUUGAAUUCUGGACCCAAAAUUUAGAAAUCAUUACUCAAAAUUCAGACCAAAAUUAAUUUCUAGCUAUCAAAUCUUAAUUUUACUUUCAUGAUUGAAAUUUUUUUCAAGAGUCAGAUUUCGAAAUGCUCGUGUGCUUUAUUCUAGUGCUCUGAAAUUAUUUUCGUGAGUUAUUCCGUUAAUUUUUAUUCGUUUUCAAAUCCAAAAAAUUUAAAAAUGGUGCAAUAAAUCUAGAAAGUAUUGGUAGAAACAAAAGGUGUCCAUCAGUAAAAAAAAACUAUCAAUCAACAUAGAAAACUAUCGCAAAAUUUAUUAGCAAAAAAGUACUAAAAUACAACAACCGAACUCUACUUACAAAAAAAAACCAAGGAAACGAAAUAACAAAACAAAUAAUUCUUCUCUACUCUUCCCACCUAACUAUACACACUCUACUUAAAGGAGAGAAAAAAUCAUUUGUGAACAAACGAAAAUAGGAGAAUAAAAACGAAGACAUUGAACUAACUACAAAUAAAGAAAGAAAGAAAAAUCACAACAUAUGUACAUGAACAAAGCAAAACAACAACCAAAAAUAUCCCCAAUCGUUGAAAAAGUUUAAAAAGAAAGGUUUUCAGUUUCGAUCGAUUUUGAUUGCAAAAUACACUGCGAAAAAGCGGAAGGUGAAAAACGCUUCUUAGCUCUGCCAAAUUUUUGUUGACUCGUUAACUAGGUUGAGCCGUUUCAUUCGUUAUUGGGAUGAAAUCGAAUAAGAAAAAUCUUUAAAAACUAAGCCCAAAAAAAGAAGGCAUUCGCCAAAAAAAUUUAAUAAAAUCAGAAAAAAUUGGGCUCCUAAAAUUAAAAGUGGUUGAUGGAAAAAAUGAAACCCAAACAAGAAGAAACACACUGGAAUAAACGACAAUAUUGAGGUUAUGCAUACAUAUCCAUGUUUUGACGUUGUUCAGUUUUCGUCGCUCGGUUUUUUUAGUUGUUUGACAAUGUCAACAAUACGUUCUGAUUUCAUGUGAUGAUAAUCACGAUCUUUUUUUCCGGGUUAUAAGUGUUUUCCGAAAACCCAAAGAAAAUGUAGCAAAGAAACAGCAAUUCGGAAAACAAACGCGCGCAAAACCGAUAAAGUUUUGUUCUAGAGAUAUUUCGUUUUUGGAAUACAAAUAUCAUUUCGAGAUGAGUGUAUUUGAUGAGAAAAUACCCGAUAAAAAUGAAACAAAUAUUUACUAAGCAGAAAUGCAAACAGAAAUUUAACUGCUCUAGAGUAAAUUUAGAAGUAUCGUAAAAUCUAAUGGCAAAAAACACAGUACUUUAAAUAAAAGUGAGUAGUGACGUAGUUGAUAUUUUAGCUAAAUUUGACCGAUUAGAGUUAUUGAAAGUAAAAAAAGAAAACAACUAAUCGAUAGGAGAAAAAAGGCAGCAGCUAUCGUGACAAAUGACAUAGUUGUAAGAAGCAGUAAGCUAGACUUGAAUCUGUUGAAUCCGUUUUGAGGAUCGAGAGGCUUUGAGGUUUGAGGCAGUUUUUGAGGGUUUAUCUCGAAAGCUAUUUUAAUCGGAACAGCCCCGAAAAUCGAAGAAUAAGGGAAACGAGAGAAUGUGAGCGAGAUUGUAAAGAUGCAUCAUUUUUAGAGCAUGUCAAAUUAUAUCCUAAUAUCCCCCUUUGAAGAAAAAAAAAAAGAGCAAGCAUAAAAGUAUUCAUUCUAAAUGUUUCCAAACAAAAACAUAUAUUUAAUGUAUUAGAAAAAGGCAGAAACCACAAGCAGAUACAAAGAUCAAUCCAAUUCUCUAAUCAGCGUAGUGAUCAGCGAACCAUUUUUUCUCCGAAAUAUACUGACCCACAACAGAUGUAGCAUUAAAAAUUUGACUCUAGACUAAACAAACAACCAAACAAAACUAAAAACGAAAGAACGAAAAUAGAGAUAAAACAAACAUCUAUUCGUUAGACGAAGACCACCAACAACUGAUGGAAAAACAUAAACGAAACCAAUGUGAAGAAAGAGAAAAAGAAACAAACCAAAUACAAUGGUAUAGAGAGAGGCAAGUGUCAAUUAUUUAUAUAAAUAUGUGCCUAUAGCGAAGAACACAAAAAACAACUUACGAUAAAACCGUGAAAUUUUAAGACAAACAAAAGAUAAAAUUACGUUAGCAAAGUGGAAAAAAUCGCCCAGCAAAAAACCAAAACGAACACUAAACCAAAAUCGCCAGUCCACACCGAUACAUCAAAAAAAAAAUCUAAAAACGAAAGGUGCAUGCAGAAAAAAUAA